GAGAAAAAUUCAGAUCAGAAAUCAUGCCAUGGGCAUGGUAUUCCUGUUGUGACAAUGAUGUAUGACUCUCAUUACUAAACAUUCGUACUUUUCCCGGACCAUUGAUUAUUUUAGGAGACCCAGUGAGUUACCCGGUAUCCCUGCAUGACUAUUGACCUUUGACCUGUGGAGAACAGAAGGAACCAUGAUGCAGCAGCAGAGACAACAAGAGCACCAAGAACAUCAUCAGACAGAGAAACAACCGUUCUUCAAACCAAGUAGCAGUAGCCAGAGUCAGAGCAGACAAGAUAGUUUCUUCAUAAACAUUGAACGGGAUCAGCAGACAUCGACAUCAUCUGCAGCUUCUCUCUUCACUGAAAAUGGAACUGCUCAAUCAUUGGCUGGUUCUGAAGGGUCAAUGCACUUUUCAAAGCCUCUACAAGUUUCUGAUCAGUUUCUACAAAACACCUCAGAAAUGACCAAGGAGUUCCACACAUCUAUCGCCCAGCAUGAGAAUGAAACCAUUGAGAUACAGAAUCAAGACAAGAUGAAUGCUUUACAUUCUCGUCUCCAUCAAGAGGCUGAUAAAAUACGACGUUGGAAAGUUCAGAUGGAGAUCGAUGUGAGGCAGAAAGAGAGAGGUUUGAGUGAUGCUCAGCAAACUAUUGAAUCACAAAGGAAAUCACUUCUUGAACUUCAGCUCCAAAAUGAGAAUCUAAGUGUGCGGCUACAGGAGGAGAUUGAAAAUAGAAUAGAUAUCUCCCAGAAGAUUGUAUCAACGAGGGAGAUGUGUAAUUUGGUGAAAGACUACGCAGGAAAGUUAGAAAGCAAGCUGGUUGAGAGUGAACAUGUCAGAGAGGAGAUACAAGAUCAUGGACAAAAACAGCUUGAAGAUAUGAAGGUUCUCGAAAUGAAGUUUCAAGACCUAAGCCUUGCCCAGUGCAACCAAGUCAAUGAGCUGAAAUCAGAAUUGCAAAAAGAGAAGAUAAAACUAACUGAAGCUGAGAAGACAAUGGGUGACAAGAUAGCUGGAGUUGAGAAAGAGUGUGAAGCUUUGCAAUGUAUCUGUGAUAAGAAAGACCAAACUAUCUCUGAUCUCCAAGCUGACAUCAAGAAGAUGUCAAGACAGAUAGCCGUUCUUCAUCAGGAGAAAGAAUGCCUUCAGGAAUCUUUAAACCAAGCAAAUGAAGAAGUUGUUGCCAACCAGCAGCUCUUAGCAAAGAUCAAAUCAGAGCUCAAAGAAACGACCAGCUAUAAGAACAAACUCCAAUCACAACAGGUUGAACUUGAAAAGGAACUUCGUGUCCUGAUGCAAGAUGCUGAUAUAUCCAAGAAACAGAUUGACAAAGAUCAGAAGAUUGUCAAAGAUCUAGAAGAUGAUAUCAAACUGAAAGAGAAUGCUUUAGAGGAACUGGACAAAAAACUGAAUGGGUUGAAGGAAGAAAAAAAGCAACUUGAAAUAAACAUUGAGGAACAGAGCAAGAUGCUGUGUAAAAAAGAGGGAGAUAUGACAUCCUUGAAGGUAGAAUUAAAGGAAGUAUUGGAGCGAGAGAAGAUGUCCUAUGAUAAACUAGAAAGCAUGCGGAAAGAUCUACAGCUUGAAAGCUCUGAGAAUGCUAAACUAGUUGAAGUCAUUGAAUACACAAGGAAAGACAAGCAGACCUUGGAAGAAGAACUGGACCAAUAUAAGCAAGAGAUUGUAGAUCUUCAUGCAAAAAUCAAGAUACUUGAAAAUGAUAUUGAAUUAGAGAAGACCAAAUUACAGACCGUGAUUGAUGCCAAGACUACUUUAGAGAAAGCUAAUGAUGAUCUUAAGAUCCAGAAUGAGAAACAAACUGAUGACUUCAACCAUCUUUUAGAGGAGGAAAAGAAACAGAACCAAGAGCUGACUGAAGAACUGGAUCAACUUAAGAAGGAAAAAUGUAACCUGGAAGAUAAAAAUAAAUCCCUUCAUGGACAGACUGGAGGCAAGACUAAGCAAAUCAAAGACUUGCAGCAAGAGAUCAAAACUCUGAAAGGGAAGUUAACUACGGCAACCAAACAGAAAACAUUGUUUGAAGAAGAGGUGAGUGACUUGGAGAAGGAUUUGAAAGCAGCACAAGCCGAUAUAGAAACCAUGAAGAAAGAUAGGAAUGAACUUUGUGAACUGAAGGAAAUAGCUGAGAAGAAAGAAAAGCUGACAACGGCUGCACAGGAAGAGCAGAGACAAGUCUUUGAAGAAGCUAUGAAUACUUACAAGGUGAACUAUGACAAGAUUGUUGAGGAUAAGUGUGCCAUCAUUGAUGAACUCAAGAAGGAAGUGUCUAAUCAAACUACCGCCAAGAAAGAUGAGGAGAACAAGAGAAAGACACUAGAAGAUGAGAUCGGUGAUUUGAAGAAGAAGAUGGAAGAUGUUGAAUCUUCUAAAAAGACUCUGGAGGAUGAUGUUGAUAAAAAGGAAGAGAAAAUAACAUCAUUAGAAAACCAACUCAAGGAAAAGGAUGAGGAAAUCAACAAACUCAUCGCUGACACCAAGAAGGUGGAAGAGAAAUUGAUUGAAGCUGAGAAAGCAGCUAAAACAGCAGCUGAGAAGAAGCACCAAAGUCCAACACAAAAGACUCAAGAAAAGCACCAAAGUCCAACACCAAAAACUCAAAAGAAUGUGUCAAAGGUUGCUCCCAGGACUCCAGUUACUCCAACUGUCAACACCAAGAUGCAAGAUCAUCCCAAGACACCAAGAACACCGAUCAAUAGAUGCAAACCUUCUGACAACAUUGGUUCUAAGAACAUCAGAACUCCUUUAACCGUCAAAGUGAUGACACCACGAACCACCCCCCAGCGUAGCAUUCUGAAGCAACAUAACUCGGCCCGUUUGAAACGUAAUGUAGCCUUUGCUGAUGAUGAUGAGAUGGAAGAUGAUGGGGCCAGUUCUGAUUCAUCUACGUCACAACUGAUGGAGUUUGAGUUGGAGGAAGUUGAACACAGACUGAAGCACAAUAACACAGAUCGCCGUGUUCCGAGCAGGGCUGUCACGCCGAUGCGUAUCAAACCAUCUCCUCAGAUCAGUCAGAAACCAACCCCCAAAGGGACCUCUACAGAGAUCAUUAACAACAUCAAAUAUUAAGCUCAUGGAAGAAAGCACAGCACAGAAAGAGCAACAGCUCUAUGAUGAAUUAUAUCCUGAUGAAGAAACUGAUAAGAUGGA